UGUAAACUCCUCAUAGUUACAUGAAGUCACUAUUGAGCUAGCUUCCAGAACCUGGUGGAACCUCUGGUUGUAACACUGUUCUAGGAUAUUUGUCUCCCUCAAGUUCCCGAGCAUCAUGCCUCAUUCCAAGCAGCCCAAGCACUUCCAGAGUCUGAUGCUUCUGCAAUGGCCCUUGAGCUACCUCGCCAUCUUUUGGAUCUUGCAGCCAUUAUUGGUUUACCUGCUGUUUACAUCCUGGUGGCCGCUACCAGCACUUUACUUUGCCUGGCUUUUCUUGGACUGGAAGACCCCAGAGAAAGGUGGCAGGCGUUCAGCCUGGGUAAGGAACUGGUGUGUUUGGACCCACAUCAGAGACUAUUUCCCCAUUACGAUCCUGAAGACCAAAGACCUGCCACCUGAGCACAACUACCUCAUGGGGGUUCACCCCCAUGGCCUCCUGACUUUUGGUGCCUUCUGCAACUUCUGCACUGAAGCCACAGGCUUUUCAAAGACCUUCCCAGGCAUCACUCCUCACCUGGCCACGCUGUCCUGGUUCUUCAAGAUCCCCAUUGUUAGAGACUACCUCAUGGCCAAAGGUGUGUGUUCCGUGAGUCAGCCAGCAAUUGACUACCUGCUGAGCCAUGGCACUGGCAACCUUGUGGGCAUUGUAGUGGGAGGUGUGGGAGAGGCCUUGCAAAGCGUGCCCAACGCCACCACCCUCAUCCUCCAGAAGCGUAAGGGGUUUGUGCGCACAGCCCUCCAACACGGGGCUCAUCUGGUCCCCACCUUCACUUUUGGAGAAACCGAGGUAUAUGAGCAGGUGCUGUUCCAUAAAGACAGCAAGAUGUACAAGUUUCAAAACUGUUUCCGCCGCAUUGUUGGUUUCUAUUUUUGUGUCUUCUAUGGACGAGGUUUCUGUCAAGGCUCCAUUGGACUCCUGCCGUACUCCCAGCCUAUUGUCACCAUAGUUGGAGAGCCUCUCCCACUGCCCAAAAUUGAAAAUCCAAGCCAGGAGAUGGUGGACAAAUACCAUACACUCUAUAUGGCUGCCCUGCAUAAACUGUUUGAUCAGCAUAAGACACAGUAUGGCCACUCAGAGACCCAGAAACUGCUUUUCCUGUGA